AGACUUCUGUGUAACUUGGAGAACUGAGACUAGGUGGAGACAAAAAAAGUUUAUAAGAGAAUAAUCUUUUGUCCCUCCACACAGCUAAAACACACAGAAAAUGGCACUGCGUCUCCUGCUGUUAGUUCUGUUAUUAGUCAUAUCAGAGUGCAGAGACAGCUACGCAGAGAUCCAGGUUGUUGCUGCUACUCAAGAAGAGGAUGUAGCUCUCCCUUGUUUUAAUUCUAGUUUGAUGAAUCCAGGGAGCUGCUACAGAGUCAAAUUGAUAAAGUAUGCCGCAGAUGCCAGUCAGAUGAAGGUAAUCUUUGCCAGGCCUGAAACACCCAAGAUCCAGGAUGCUAAACGCAUUAAAUGGGGAUCUGGUGGAAAUGGCCAAAUGUCUUUUUUGCUGACAAAAUUGCAAAAAUCUGACGAGGGACUGUACAGCUGUGAAGUCUGGGUAGGCUGGGACUGCAUACUUGUCAAAAACAUAUCUUUGAAAAUGAGAGAAUGCAAAACCCUUCAAGCAGUAAAGGCAGCGCCCAGCACACCUGUUUACCUGAACUGCCCAGUGAACAUAACAUCAGGACAACAAGGAUCCGAAAACAUCUCCUGGGUGAUGCUGAAAGGAGGCAACCCUGCAACAGUCAACACUGAAAGGUUUGAAAUGACUGGGACAUCAUUAACUAUCCAGUCUGUGAAUGCCAAUGACAGUGCUUGGUACAGAUGCAAGUACAUGAUUGGACAAACUCAGCGCUGCUUUGACAUUAAUCUACUGGUCCAAGUGGAAAAUGUUGAGCCUACAACAGUUUCAGCACUGACAACAGGGGAGAUUAUUUGGGAAACCAAGGAGGAAGGGAGCAGUGGGACAGUUAUUGCCAUUGUGGCUUCAGUCAUCAUUGGGACUGCCACAAUUGCUACGCUGAUAGGAUUAUUCAUUUACCGCAGGCGCAACACCCCGUGGCACCCACCAGCUGCUGCUAUAGACACUGGUGGUUAUGAGGAUGUGGGUCUUCCAUGUUCACAGGAUUGUGCGAACCAACGAGUCAACAGUCUAUACCAGCAAGUCCAGGAUGAAAGCAUGUGUACUUUCCAUUAUUAAUCCUUUCCAGUCUGUUCAAGAGGAAGAUUUUCUUUACUGUCUUAUCUGGAUAGCCUGCUUGCAUUUAUGCAUUGUGUAAAAACAUCUACUCACCUGUUAAGUGUCUUGUGAGGAAGAGUGACUGACUUGCUGUAUAGUGAGCAACAUGGAUAAUGCCACAGACUCUUUUUUCUUAGACUAUUGGAAAGACAAUUCCUUAUUACCCUGUUUGUAUUCACAUAUAUAACCAUCUUUAAUAUUUUAAAUGAAAUCGUGACAUGUUUAAAACAAUUAUUUUUUAUCCAAUUUGAAUAAACAUAUGUAAGAUGAUUGAUAUGAUAAUCAUGUCGAAUGAGUCACUAACACUUAUCUAUUUUUCUGUCUUUAUUUUUAGUCUAUUGAUGGUUGAAAUUAUAGUUUACAUCGAGAGAACACUUUUAUUUAGCUUUAGUUUACAACCUGUAAUAAAUCAUAGAAACUGUCAGUGGUUGUUACAGCUUCUCUUUUGGGUUGUCUUUGCUGGUGUUGUUCCUCAUCAUUUGCAUCCUGAAUGUCCUCAUAAACAUGAGUCUGUAAAUAGGAAUAACGGAGUUAUUACAUUAGGAUGUAUAAGCUUGACAAUAAGAAAGAUCAAAAGUAAAGCAGAUGUUUUAGCACACUUA